GUGUUUUUAAUAAUUUACAACAUCGGAACCAACAUGAGGUGCCAACUUUUAUUUUGGCUAUUCUUAUUUCCUACGUUUUUUGAGAAAGGUCUGUUGUCGAUCUCGUGGAAGGAUCAACUAGAGCGAUUCGGAGGGAUCGGAGAACCCAUUAUACCGGAUCCGCGUGAUCAAAUUCCGGAACCUGUUCGAACUCCGGAACCUGUUCGAACUCCGGAACCUGUUCGAACUCCGAAACCUGUUCAAACUCCGGAACCUGUUCAAACUCCGGAACCUGUUCAAACUCCGGAACCUGUUCAAACUCCGGAACCUGUUCAAACUCCGGAACCUGUUCAAACAAGAUUUGAGCCUAUAGUGCUCAAUUUUGAUUGGAGAGACAAAGGAAUAGUGACCAACGUGAAAAAUCAAAAGAAAUGCCAUAAUGCUGAUUGGGCUUUUUCUGCAAUCGGAGCUUUGGAAGGUCAAUUAAUGAAAAAAAAUAAGAUAAGUAUAGAACUCAGCGCACAAGAACUAAUAGAUUGCUCCAAGAAGGAUGGAAAUUAUGGUUGCAAGGGUGGUAGUGCACAAAAAGCAUUCGAUUACAUUAUGGAUAAUGGAAUUUCAACUGAAAAAACAUAUCCAUACAGCGGCACAGAGUCGGACACCUGUCUCAACAAAUCGAGAGAAAAAAUUGCUAAAAGUUACUACAUAAGAUCUGAAGUAAUCGAUAGUACAAAUAAUUCUGAAUCAAAGAUGAAAGAAACGCUCAAGAAACACGGACCUAUACUAGCCAUCAUUGAUGGUUCUCUAGAUUCUUUCAAAAACUAUAAAGGCGGAAUUUAUCAGGACGAAAAGUGCGCUAAAUCUGGAAAACACAAUGUUCUGAUCGUCGGUUAUGACGAGACAAAGCAAAAAGAAAAGUACUGGAUUGUUAGAAAUUCGUGGGGUGAAGAUUGGGGUGAAAAGGGGUACUUUAGAAUAGCUCGUGAAAAAAAUAAUACUUGUGGAAUUGCCAGCAAUGCAACUUACAUUGCACUUCUGAGGCGUGCUCAAAUUUUAAUUAGUUUAUUUUGAAUUUAUUUAUUCUUUUUUCUGUUCUCAUGAUUG